UCAUUACCAAAACUAAGUAAAAACCUAGUUGGCUGGGAGUAGCACCCUACUAUUCCCACUCGUUACCAAACUCGAAAAUGUCGAAAAGCUCGAGGAUUUCCACUGGUGAUAAUGUGCGCAAAACCACAACGACUGUGCCAGUGGUGAAAAAGGCGCCCACUCGCAGUCGAUCCUACGAUGGGGAUGCGUUCGUCAACAUGUUUGUCCGUCGCGGAGCACGGGACAUCAUCAUCCUGGACAGCCAUGGAGUGCCACUGCGAUCCACUUGCAGCCAGAGACGCACCUUUGUGUACGUCUCCAACCUGAAGCCGCUGCUCUUCAUGGCCCGCAACGUGGUCAGGGAUCUGGACCCCUCCAACGACAUCACCUUCAUGCGCAUCCGCUCCAACAUGGGCGAGAUCCACAUGACCCUGGGCGCGGACUUCAUCCUGAUCGUCGUGCAGAAGCUGAGGAGGCUCAGGAGCAGCUCCAUGACAUAAAACAUUCCCGGUCGCUGUGCGUGUGCGUCUGCGGUGUGCGAAAGUUAAUUGUGCUGUAUUUCCCAUAUUUCGACCUAUAUUAAAUUGCAUGCAAUUGCGGCAA